AACUACUAAUCAUGGUAAGUUACUAAGCUUGGGAAAACAGUAAAGGGUAGUCUCUUUUCUUGAAUUGUUGUGGCUUAUGUGGAUUUAAGUUAAAGAAUAUAUUAAUCUCGCCUAAACAGGUGGAAGAAACCAAAAGCUAGAAGAGAACUCUAUCGAAUAAAUUAUCAUAAUGAGACUAUCAUUUCAAGGACAUGAUAAUCUGUCUCUUCACCAAAAUUGAUGUCUUCUUUUGAAAGAUAUAUGAGUGCAAAGUUGACGAUAUUACAGGAGACUUUGAUUGACAUAUAUAGUUUAUGUGGAAUCAUAGAAAAGUUAAUCGAAGUAAUGAUUCUUACAUUUGACAAGAGUUUACACACUUCUAAACAGAUACUUGUUGCUAUCCAAUAGUACGAAGGAUUUGAUUGCACUCUUUAAUUUGUAGGAAUGAUCAAAAUUAAAAGAAUAAUGUCUAUACUUUUGUAAUGCCUUGUGCUUUUGGGCACCAGCAAUAACCAGUGUGGGAUCAAUAUAGGACAUAAAGACAAAAGACCCAUUAAUUAUUUUAUUAUAUUAUCCCAAAAGAGCUUCAACCAAAACGAUAGAGAAAGGUGGCUUUCGAGAAGUCCAGUUAAAGAGAUCGAAUUAUUAGAAGUCACUUAUAAAGCCUGUCAUACGUACAUGGAAACUCCACAAUGAUUUGAACCCAAAGGUACCACUGAAAUUUGGAUCAAACAGUGAUGCACUUUUGAGUGGUCAAGAACAAAACAUCAAACAUUGUAUGCAAAUUUUUACUAUUUCAUGUGUUUUUGGAAUAAUACACGAUUUUCUUGCAUAUAAAUUGAGCAUUUAAAAAACUGUUUUAUAAUUAUUAUUAUAGAAUCAAGAAAUGUAGAUACAAUUAAACAAUUGCAAUAUUAUGUCGGCUCGAAUGGUUAAUAUCAAAACUAGUGGACUAGCCUUAAUUAUAAAAUUCGGCAAAGGUUAAACUUUAGAGCAUACAUGAGUAAUUAAGGUGGUGCCUAUUUAGACAGAAACAAUGCUGGAUCAAUCAAAUGUUCAUUAAAGAGAUGUUAGUUGAAAGCUAUAUAUAAAAAAGAAUCAGGCAAUCAAUUGCAAACUAUGAAGUGUAGAAAGUUGUAAACCCGUGUUUCAAAAAAAAAAAAAAAGUUGCAAACCCAAAAUUGUUAUAGUUCAAUGUGUUGUAUUCUAAAAAAUAUUUCAGAGAGAAAGUCCAGAAUUUAAUUUCAUGCACCGAACAGAAUAGGAUUAAUCUAACAUGUUCAAGUCUUUGGUUUGAAGUAAGACAUAAUUAACCUGUUCAUAUUGGUAUGGUUAAUAACUUGGUGAAGACUAGAGAAGUCAGAGUCAAGAAAAAUGUUUGAAGAAGAGACACCAAGGUAAGGACACCAGCUGGUUGAAGAACAGACACCAACGUAAAGACACCAGCUGGUUGGUUCAUGAAACAAGACAUAUUUACAACAAAAGGUUAUGAUCAUCUCGUAAAUCAAACAGUGUUAUUUUGGCACCAUAAUUUCCAACAACACGUUAUAUACACAUUUUCUUGUUCCGUGUUUCCAAGUUCAUUUUGUUCACAUUCUUCAAACAAAACCAAAUCCUCAUUUGCAUAACUGGUUUGAUUCAAAAUUCAAUUUAGUCAAACCUGAGAUGAAUAGAAGCAACCUCAUAUCUGAUAUGUCGACAGUGUAUAUUGGCACGUGCGUUAGUGAAGAUUUACAAAUUCAAUUAUAAAACUAACUCGUGACAUUUUUUUUUGAUAUAAUUAUGUUAAGGCAUUGUAUAUUUUGUAUAUUAUCAUGUAUAUAGAAAAACUAAAUAACACUGAUUCAAUUAUCUUUUUUUUCAGCAAUUGAUUUGAUUAUCUUUAUCAUCAAUUCACACAGAGUUUUGGUUAUUGUUCAUAAAGUACUUCAAAAUUAAAUCUUUUUGAACUGGGAUGGUAAAAAGAAGGAUAAUCUAUUUGAAACUGUUUUAUAGUACCGUGUGAAUGACAUCAAAAUACAGAGAAAAAAGUAUGUAGUAGUUGUAAAGUUUUCAUGCUUCUCAAAUAAUAAUAACUCAUCACUAUUAUUUUAUAGGGUGAAGCUCAUAGGCCGAGUAAAGAUGGAUGGAAAUCUAUCAACUGUAGAUAGUCGAGAUGUUACGAUUAGUAUCAUUCAUUGAUUAACUGUUUCAGUUCUAAUUUGAAAGGCGGAUAGAAAUUGGUCUUGUUAGUGAGUAAAGGUGAUCUGUAACAUCUUAUAUCUGGUAUAUGAUAGUGCAUAUGAAAAUGCUUAAUAUUAAUUUGGUUAGAUGUGUUACAAAAUUGCAUCUAUCUUUUCAGUCAAUUAUUUAUGAAGACUUGAGAGUUAAGUAUUUUUGAAUUGGAAUAGUGGAAAAAAUGAAAAAUAUAGAAGACAAUCAUGUAAUAAUUGUAGGUUCUUUCAAAACUCCAAAAAUUAACAUACCAUCCAUCAGACGAUUGACCUACAGACUCAGUAAGCGGACGUAAGACCCCCCCUUCGUCAGAUGGUGGAGGCGUUACAAUUAUACUUCCCAUCGUUGUUUUUUUUUUUGCUAAAAUUUAUACUUCCCAUCUUGACAAUACUAAAAUAUAAAGGACAAAUAUAAAAGGAUAAGUGAUACUGAUGCCAUAUCCACUAACACACAUGUAGAUAGAGCAUCAUCGGAAGUAUAGUUAGUGAAGAGUACGAUAAUAAUGUGAGCAGUGCUAUUAUCCAUUUAUCCUUAAAUCCCAAGGGAAAAAGGGUACCUUAUUCCUUCCUAAAUCUGUAAUAUUUGCAUGUGCUCUUUGUAUUCUCUAUAGCAUUCAUACACAAUAAAUUCCACAUUCGUCGAACCAAUUAUUAAACUUUUGAGCAAUGUAAAGGAAGCAAAGCAUAAUCGAAAAAGCUAGAAGGCACAAUAUACAACAAUCUCUUCAGUUUGUAAGUCAAUAAAAAACACAUGCGUGAAAAGACUAAACUCUCAUUAGUCUCUCUUCCACAGAGCUUUCGGCCCACUUUGUAGGACAGUAAGAAUCAACAUCACACUAUUGCAGAUAGAGAAGGUAGAUCCAAUGGUUCUGGUUCGAAUAUGUUGAUGAGGGUACAUUUUGACCAAAGACUUUUUAAUAUACUUCAAUUCAAGAUGAUGAAACCAAAACAGAGGCAAACAAAAAAGUUGUUGCGGUACGUGCGUAUCGAGACAAGCUAUUUGUGUCCCUUUCAUGUAGCUUAGAACCCAUUUGACAGAUAUUUUUCACUUUAAUCACUUCUGAGCUUUACCUUGCCUGUCUCUCAGUCUGACUAUCUGUGUUAAGUAGUUAAGCAAUAAAACCAUCAAUAAUUCGUUACACAAUUUUCAUGCUAUAUUACCAAAAUAAUUUUGAGAGGGUAAAUGUUUAUAUAGUUGUUGCUAAAAAACUAUGGUGUCAUCUUCUUUUUAGGAUCAUAUUCUGUGUGGAUCUCAACAACAGUUACAUUGUCAUCAGCAAGAACAGACUCAGUGCAUUUUAUAGGGAAAGCAUAUAUGCAAACUCAAUGAAGCUGUGCAUUUGCCUCUGUGUGCACUGCAUAUUGAGCAACUAGUGUGGUUCCUGUUUUUUUAAGGGUAAGCUACUAGGUGAAAUCCUAAACAUCUCACUUAAUUUAAGAGGCAAUGAGUAAAACAACUGGGCUUAUUUGAUUGAUACAUACCAAGCCUAGCCCAAUAAGAUGACAGACCGGAUCAUUUAAAGUCUCCUCUCAUCGUGCCCACAACACGUUAGAAACAGAAUCCAUCCUCUGGUUCUUGUCACUUGUCAGGUCUGCGUGAUCAAUGCCUAAAUGUUACAAGUUUAGUUUGUUAAAUAUGAAUAUUAAAAUCCCAAUAAUUAUAAUUAUAACACUUAGUGGGGAAACUUAAUGCGUAGUGUGUCUAGAUGAUAAUGCCAUAACAGAGGAACGAGUCAAAGAUCGAGACCAUGGCAGACCAGAAAAAAAAUAACUAGAAAAGAUUGUUAUAUAGAGUAGAGGAUGAUCCCUAUAUAAAACAACCGCCUCGCUCCUUUGCAAGACCAAAAUCUUUGUUUUUUUUCUUGAACAAUGAAAUCUUAUGUUGUUUAAUUUAAAAUUAAAUAUCGGUAAUAACAUAAGUUGAUAAUUUAUAUAUGUUCUCUACAUUUAUUAUUAGUAUUGUUUUAAAGGAUUAGAAGGUGUUAUUCAAUCAUUUAUUUCAAUAGAGUUUAAAUCUAAACACUGUAAUUUGAAUGAUUAUUUUAAAUUCUAUUUAAAAUCUGGUGUUAUUUAAGGAAUGAUUUAAAUUAAAAUUUUAAAAUCUAAUAUUAUUAAACUUUAUAGAUUUUAUAAUUCUUUGUAUUUUAAAUUGAUUUCAAAUAAUCUAUUGUGCAGUCUCAUGAAUAAUGAUUAAAAUUAAAAUCCAGGGCAUACAACACAGAUUUUGAAAUUCACCAAUUUAAAAUCUUUUAAAAUUUUAAAAUUUGAUGGAUUACAAAGCAUUGAUUGAAUAACACCCUCAUAGUCAAAAGUAAUGUUUUAAAGGGAAAAUUUGUUUAUAUUAUACUCAUUCAACUUUUAAUAAAUAAUUAAUUUUAAAAUGUUUUGUCUUGUACAUAUUGUUUUAUUAUUGGUUGAAUUGUGCUUAAUAAAUUCAUAUGUUAAACUUAUUUGAUGUUAUCUUAAGAUUAUUCUCAAACAUUAAUACUAUUAAUUAUUUUAACAAAACUUUAUAAAUUUAUAAAAUAUUAUAAUUAUUUUUUUUGAAAAAAAAAUAUUAUAAUUAUUGUCAAUUAAUAUAUAAAUUUUUGAAAUGUAGUGAGUUUAGAGUCUGUCUCUGCAUAUAUAUUUAGUUUUGGAGUUGUUUUUUUUUUUUUUUGAAGAUUUUGGUUCUUUCAAGUUCUGAGGUUUCAGAUCUCUUCUGCGAGAAAAAGACGUUCUAUUUCACAAACAUAUGUGUUUUGUCAUUGGGUGGAUGGUUUUUACUCCAGCGAAAAUACUUUCCACGUAUAAAAUUGGUGUCUCGUUUAUUUAUUUAUUUUUGUGUAAAGCGUGCAAUCAUACACAUGAACAGGAGCACACCGUGCAUGGCUGAUUACCAAAAACCAAAAUCAAUUUUUAAAUUGCAUGCAUGCUUCUCUAGAUCUAGCUAGCUAGUACGAUGUUCUCAAAUCUUUUUAUUAGCGAUCCGAUCAAACCCCAAAACACAUGCUCCAUAGUCUAGCACGUGAUGUAUGUUCUCUUCACAUAACUAGAGCAACUUCAAGUGAUCCACAGAUCUUCUGCCUUACAUUUAUCAUCAGUAAUGGUGUCGUAAUCUGCAAUAUGUAUUAAAUUAUACUUAGAAGCUGUUGAUUUAGAUCAUUUAGUACUUCCACCUUUAAAUAAAAAAUUAUGUCUUAAAGUCACAUAUACAAAAUGUUUCAGAUCACUGAGCGAAUCGUAGCUGCAAAUGUAAUGUUUCAAAACCAGAAAACAUGCAUUGCUGAUUAAACUCUCUUGAACUAUGUGUAGUUAUUUUUUUCGAUAUUAUUACGGUCCUUUACAGAUAUCUCUGUAACGUGUGAAAAAUGUAAAAAUAUCUUUCUCAAAAAAACAAAAAAAAAAUCAGUCAUAUAGUAAUAUGGCAAUGAUCAAAGUAUAAUGUAUUGAAAUGAUACCUUCGUCUAUUAAUAAUAGUGGAACUACAUAGAUUCAAAUAUUAGUAUACUAUUGAUCAGAUGUUAUUUCCAACAAAAAGGUAAAAGAUAAACAUAAGGAAUCAUUUGGUGAAACAGUAUUACUUUUCUCGAAAUUCUACUACCGAAGAGAAGUUUACAGUUGUUUACAAGAACAAUUUUAUAAAGGAAAAAUGAAUGCUCUUUUCUUGUUUAUUGUAUAGUUUUGUAACUCGAGGACCUCAAAGUGAUCGACGUUCAGUGUAUUCGUACGAAUUACAGCAUAAGUGCGGGACACAUUCUUCUUUUUAAAAUGUAAAUAUAAUCAAUCAAAAAGAUAUAUUUUUCAUCGUUCAAACAGUUAUACAAAAUUAACCAAAGUCGGUUAGAUUCGACUCAUCAUUAACAGUUUGAUUAUAUAUAUCAUUUGUUUUAUAUGAAUUAUGCUGAACACAUCAACAAUAAUGCAUGUCCCAUAAGCUAUGAUUUUUAAGCAUCUUUUACGAACAAGGACAAACAUAAUAUAAGUAUCUUUAUAUAUUGGUUUGUGCAAAUAGAUCAAAAUCUCAACAUGACUUUUUUUUUUAAAUUUAAUUUGCUCUUUAGUCUUUACCUCCUCUAUCUUUUGUUUAACUGGUUUUCUUCUUUUUCUUGUUGUUUUAUUGUGAAACCAAUAGUGUAAACAACACCUGAUUAAUCCUUCCAUCUCAUAUUGUCUCCUCGUUAUCUUUCUCAUUAUAAGACAAUCUACAAAAGAAAAGUUGAAGCUGCCAUUUUUGACUUAAUCUUCAUUUAUUUUUCUCUACACCUUGACUUCAAAUCUUCUUCGUUCUGCAUUCUUUAACGCUCUUUUCAGAUCAUCAGAGGGAGAGAAAGAGAGAGAGAGAGAGGCUAUAUGGCUAUUGAAGUUUGCUGGUCAGAGGCUCCUGAUUCUAGAAUCAGCCCAAGAAACUCUUUCUCCUAUGAUCUCGACUCAACGGACGGUGAAGUCAGAUUAGACUCGACGCUUCUUGACUCAGGUUCGGAUUUAGAUUUCUGCUUUGACUCGAGUUGUUCUGUUCAAGAAGUUUCUCCCGCUGAUGAACUCUUCUCCGAUGGCAAGAUUCUUCCCGUCCAGAUCAAGAAGGUAACCUUUCGGGUUCAAAGAUCAGCUUCUCUCUCAUCAUCAUCAUCUUAUUCCUCUUCCUCUUCUUCAUCAUCGUUCUGCAACCAGAGACCAGCAACAGAAAAGAAGAUCAUGAAACUCAAAGACCUUCUGUUGAAUCCUGAAUCUGAUUUUGAAGACAAGGCGCCAAAGGGACUGUUCUUGCAGUUCAAGAGAAGCAUAAGUCUCAACUACGACAAGAGCCGUAACAGCAAGGGACUAAUCAGAUCUCUUCAGUUCCUCUCACGAAGCAACUCCACAGGCUCUGCUCUAAACCCUAAACCUAACUUGCUCCCCAAGGAAAAUCAUCACCCUCACAAGACCCACAUUCUUCCUAAACAAACGUCUCUUAGAAGAUCAUCUUCGCUCUCAGCGUCAGUCCCUUAUAGAAAACCACUCGCUAGAAACAGUUUCGGUAAUGGAAACGGUGGAGUUCGUGUUAGUCCAGUCUUAAAUUUCCCUCCGCCGGCGUUCAUCUCGAACGUAGCCGACGGAUUGUUCAGCAUUGGGUCACUCUGUAAUGGUAGGACGAACAGGAAGACAAGAUUAUGAAAAUCUUUGGUCUUUUGUGGCCGGACAGGAGUAACUGAAAAUGUCUUUAUUUUUAUUUAUUUUUUACUGUUUGUUGUAUAAUGAUGGAAUAUCGACAGCUCAUGUGAAGAUUAGACAUCAUGUGAGUUUUGUCUGCACGAAGAAUAAUUGACGAACUAGACGUGUACCAUGGGAAUUGGAACGCCUCGUUUGAUUGUACUCUCGGGUAGAUUAAAAUGUGUAAAUAAAUUGUAGAUGAUUGGUUGAA